GGGCGGGCUGGACGCGCGGCUUCGGGCCCCGGGGGCCCGGGAAGAGCAUCCUCGGGCUUGGCGUCUGCGGCCUGGCUCCCUGCAGAACCCUGCGCAACCUUUUCCUCAUCUUCUCCUUUUUGGGCCCAGAGAUUCCUUUGGGGUGGAGCGGCCCGCCGUUCCUGACGGCGACAUCUGCCGCCUUCGCCCCCCCGCUCCUGAGUGGAAGGCUGCUGUCCGGCCCAGCCUCGCUCCCUCGCCCUCGCCCUGAAAUGGGGCUGCGGGAGAGGUGUUUGGAUCAGUCAUCAAGGAUUUUGUAUCGAAGGCACAAAAGUUUGUUAUCCAAGAUGAUGAACGCUGACAUGGAUGCAGUUGAUGCUGAAAAUCAGGUGGAACUGGAGGAAAAAACACGACUUAUUAAUCAAGUGUUGGAACUCCAACACACACUUGAAGAUCUCUCUGCAAGAGUAGAUGCAGUUAAGGAAGAAAAUCUCAAGUUAAAAUCAGAAAACCAAGUUCUUGGACAAUAUAUAGAAAACCUCAUGUCAGCUUCUAGUGUUUUUCAAACAACUGACACAAAAAGCAAAAGAAAGUAAGGGAUUGAUAUCCCUCCUGUCGUAUGGAAUUGCUGCUGAUCUCUUUUCUUUAAAACUUGGAUAGAUUCCAGUAGUACUUUUGUUUGUGGCUUCAUUGAAUAUUUAUGAAGAUAAUGUCAGAUCUAGGCAAAAUUAAGAGCAUAACAGAAGAGUUCCAUGAGUUUGUGUAUGAUGUUAGCCUAUAAAAAUGUGAAAAUGUAUUGUAGAGACUUUAUAUAUAAUUAGAAAUGCAUAUAUUUAUGAAACUUGAUAAUGUUUUAUCAAAUUUGCUUUGAUUUAUAGGUUUAGCACUGUCUUUUAUUAUAGUCAUAGUAGGAGAUACAAGAAAAUAACCACCAUGUUGUGAAAAAGUGACCAAAAUCAUGUACUGAAUGCACAGCUGUCUGUGUCUUGUUUACCAUCUUGUGCCUCUUCUCCAUUUGCUUCUUCUUUCCCAUUUCCCCUCCCCUGAAGUAAAAUUUGGUUUCACAUUUGUAAAAGCAAUUUCAAUAGUUAAUCAUCUGUGAGAGUAACCUGAACUGUAAUUAUUUAAACUUAACCAAAAUAAGAUACGUUCUCAGUUUAGAGCGCAUUAUUUGCUAUACAGUCAUGCAUCCACAUAGCGACGUUUCAGUUAACGAAUGACUGCAGAUACGAUGGGUGGUAGACCAUAUAGCCUAGGUGUGUAGUGGGCUAUACCAUCUAUGUUUGUGAACGUGCACUCUGUGAUGUUUGCACAACAAAAUUGCCUAACGACACCUUUCUCAGAACAUAUCCCCGUCAUUAAGCAGUGCAUAACUGUAUUUAGUAAUAAGAUAGGGUUGUUGGUUUCUCUUGAAUCAAUUAAAAAUAGAGGCUAUAAAAAUGAAGACUUUUUCCUUGAAACUGAAUUGUCAAAUUGGGAAAAUUUGUUGAAAACUUCCUUUUACACAAAGUAAUUUGGUAUCUGAAAAGAUGACCUCUGGUCUUGUGGAUGUUUGACAGAAAAUUUUGAGGAAAAAUAGAAGUAGGAUAUAAAAAGUACUUGGUAAACACUAGUAACCAACUCCAGAUGUUUCUACUCCAGAUCUGUUAUCUCUGGCACAGAAUUGAUCUUUGGGAAAUAUAUAUGAAAGUGGAUUAAGUUUGAUUAACCUUACAUAAACCACAUCUAGAAGAGAAGAGUUACAAAGACUUUGGUCUCCAAGUAUAUAAAUAUACUACAAAGUAUAUUUAUAGUACCCAGCAGAUCAAUUUUUGCAAAAUCCCUUGUGUAUUAGUAUCAGAAUCAUGAGUAAAAUGGGAGAGUUUUACAUGUAUACUAAUUGAUAAUAUUCUCAGUAUUUUAUCUCAUUACUUCUCCCACAAUUUUCUAUAAACCUAACUUAACUACUUGGUUUGCAGAGUUUUAGUCAUUCUUCAACAGUUUUUAAAAAUGUAGUUUGUAGACUCCAUUUGCUAAGGAAAUUAAUACCAGGAAUAAUGUUAAAAUGUUAAAUAGGAAAAGAGAGUCACUAAUAUAGCUUAUAGUUAUUAGAUUUGGCCUACUUUUAAUCAUGGAAUAUGUUUGUAUUGGUGUACGAUUCAAUGAAUGACUUUAGCUGUAUGAGUAUAUAAUAGUCAUACUGCAAAACGUUUUGUAUUCUUUUUGUUACCUAAUUUACAAACAUUUAAAAUUGUGUUGCAAUUUUGCUUUGCUGUUUAAUAAAAAGCUGUUUCAGA